AUGCCAGUCAACGUGUAUCCUGCCCCUUGGUAUAAAGAAAAAUUGCCUUCCAAGUGUUUUCAAAAACAGGCCAGUAACAAAGAGAAAUUCUCUGAUUCUCUCAACGCUCAGCGAUGGAAAUUCCUGAAAAAUGGCCUGGAUGAUUUCAGAAGUGGCUGCCCUCCACCUUUGGACAACAUAAUAAUUCAAGGCACAAAAGGGCCCACCCCGAUAAUCCUACAGUAUAAGAAACUGGAUGCUUCGCAGAUUGUCCCGUACAAAUCCAGAGACUUGCUGAGUAAGCGCAAAGUACUUCACUCCAGACUUCCUACACCUCAGAAAGCCAAGGCAGACAACAUUACUCAGACCAAGCAUACCCAAGUGCAACACCCACUGGCACUUUAUCCACAUCUGGAAGAGAGUGUGCCUCCAGAGCUUUUUGAUGACGUUAUGAAGCUCCUGGACCCUGGGAUGCAGCUGACUCGAACAUCCCCAGAUUAUAGUAAAGAGGACGCAGCUAUCCCUUCGCCUUCCCAAUAUCGUGUGAAGUAUGACGUGCCCCCAAAGAGAAGCUACAGCUCCACCCUUCCCUGGAUGCACAAAAAAAAGAACCCCUACACCUGGUUUAGUAAGAAAGAGGUGGCGCAGAGACAACAGGCAGCCAAAAUAGAUUACGUUCCCCCCCUGGAUGAAAACGUCAAGCGGGUAACAAAGGAAUUUUGUGAAUGGGUUAAUGCAAUGGGAGGCGAGAAAUACAAUAUUGACGAAGACACUAUCAUGAAGCUCUUUGACACGAGGUACGAAACGGAUAUCAAGACAGCCCUGCCCCUUAAAAUAGUGGAGCUGUAUCAAAUACCAGCAGAGCUGAGACAAUACCUGGGGAGGCAUCGGUUCCGGAAGAGGGCUCCCACAAAGCUAACCCCUUCUGAGCCCAAAUGGGAAAAGAUUAAAUAUGGAGCCUGGUACCUUCCCCCAAAGACGUGGAAAAAGAAGCGAGCAACUGAGAAGGAAGAAAUUCCGGAAUGUCUGCAAAUCUUCUUGAACGCCAGGAAGAAGAUUGUCCAAAAGGCCGAGGCAGAAUUAGAAUCUCCACUGCAUGGAACGUAUGCCUUUGAACAAUUCCUUGAAAGGAAAGGCUACAGGAAGCCUCAGUUUCUUCUGCAGAUGUUGGCUGCAGGUCAUUCUGAUAAGAUAGCCGAAGACAGUGAGCUGUUAUCCAGGAAGCUUUCAAUGAAGAUCCUUCAAGAAUUUAGAUCACAGUCUUCCGCAACCAUUUAA